AUGGCGGCUGCAGCGAAGAAACGGAGCUGCAGAGUUUCUUCUUCUUCUUCUUCUUCUUCUUUAGUUUUUCUGUUUUCUGUUUUCAGUUUGUGUCAAAGUUCGUUCAGCGGAGAGACUUCUAGAAGAAACUGUUCGGUAGAGUUGAACCCCGGUUCCCCCUCGCCGCCUCCUGAUGGCGACCUGCUGCACAUGAGAGCCGUAGGAAACAACGACACGCUGCACUUCCUGUUCUGCAGCCAGGGGGCGCCGACGCUGCUGCUCGUCCACACCAACUCUUCUUCUUCUACUGUCAAGGUGAACUGGACUCAGUUUGAGGCUCGUAACAUCAGCGGAGGCCUGAAGGUGGAGCCAGAGAGCAGCAUCCUGUACAGCUCGGCCAUCGUCUUCACCAGGCUGUUGGAGUACGAUGACGUGAACGACACAGCUGAUCCGACCUCUGACCUUUUCCCUCCGUACGAGCUGCAGGACUUCACCUGGUCUCGUCUCAACCUGUCGGGUCUGAGCGCUCUGCUGUGUGGCGCCGCCAAAACCUUCACCAACGGGUCGCUUUGCCUGCAGCUCUCGGUGUUUGAGUCAGAAGGGCGUGAUCAUUCCUGGCCCCGCCUCCUCCACACCGCUAACUCCUCCCAGUUGGGGGUGUGGCUUGAUGGGGUGUCGCCACGGGCGGCUCGUUCCAGGUUCCUGUUGGAGCUGCAGGCUGUGGGCGAGGCUUAUCCCCUGAACAGAGUGGAGGUUCAUCGAUCGAUUGACGACGAGUUCACACCAUCAAUAUUCAAGGUGUCCCAGUGGGUGUCCUCGGUGAACGGCAGCUCUGAUGUUCUGGGUUUCCUGCAGUGGAAGCCGGUGGCGUACCGGAGGUCCGACCCGGCUCUGGAGUUCGCCACGCCGUGCCAUCACUCCGACCCACAGCCUCAGAGCGGCGAGGAGACGGCGGCGGCUUCCGGUCUGAUCCAAGCAUUCUACGCAGAACCAAAGGCAUUCGGACUCAAUGUGAGCUUCGGCCUCGCAGGAGAACCGUUCUACAACAGCACCAAGUUCUUGAGCUGGACGGUUCUGCUGGGAUCCGGCUCUCCUCCCGUCGACUCCUUCUCCCCGUUGGUUCUUGCCGUGAUGGCGGUCGGUCUGGGAACUCCCAUGAUCCUCCUGCUGCUGGGCGGAGUUUGCGUCUGCGUCCGAAAGAGGGUGGCUGCCUCGGCCUACGAGCCAAUCAACUGACGGCUGAUCAGAGGGAUUUAAAUUCAACAUUUGUGUUUUAAGACUCGUUGAUUGAGUUGAACUACAGAUGACAUCAGUCCAGCGGACCAAUCAAGACGCAGGAUGAUUUUUUUAUCGAUAUAUAUGUCUGUUAUAAAAAAAAGACACUUGUACAUUUAUUAGAAUUAAAAUAUUGAAUCAGAUUUUUUAAAGUUGUUGAAUGAAACAGCUCCUCGCUGUAGAUAAUAAAGAACACAAACAGGAAACAGAGACUUUGUUGGGACUAUUUUCAUAGUGAAUCCACAUUGUAUCUGGUGGAUUAUGAGCUCACCAAUGAAGACGACUGUUAGACAAUCAAUUGUUUUGUUUUGAGUGAAAAGUGUUUUUAAAUUCACUCUUAAAGUUUCACUGCUGAAAUAUCGAGUUUCAGAAUAUCAUGAUUUAAGUAAAAGCAGUUUGUUCCCUUUGAGACUCGGUUUAGUUUAAACUCU